AUGAAAAUCCAGGAUCUGAUAAAAGACAACGAUCUGGAAAGAAAUCAGUACUGUAUAGAACUCACGGGAGAAAACAAAUCACACUUCAUUGGCAAAAUUGUUGGUCCACUCGACACUCCCUUUGAAAAAGGUGUCUUUAAGAUUGAUAUUACUAUUCCCGACAAAUACCCAUUAGAGCCGCCGGUCUGUAAGUUCGUGACCAAAGUAUGGCAUCCGAACAUCUCGUCACAGGCGGGAGUGAUAUGUGUAGACCUGUUGAAGGAUCAGUGGUCCGCCUGUACCACUAUAGAGGCUGUGCUCCGGUCGUUGCAGUCAUUCCUUCCGAGUCCAAACCCCGCGACCCCUCAGGACGCCGUCGUCGCCCAUCAGUACACAGACAACCGUCAACUGUACGACCGGACGGCCAGGUAUUGGACUUAUCAUUACGCCAUGGAUGACGAGACGCGCAAAACUGUCGACAAAAACCAAUUUAAAGAGUUUAAUGAGAAGAUCGGCAAAUUGAUGAGCGCGAAGAGCAUGGAUCACAACACUGCCCUCACUCUCCUCUCCAAUAAUCAUUGNAGGUAUUGGACUUAUCAUUACGCCAUGGAUGACGAGACGCGCAAAACUGUCGACAAAAACCAAUUUAAAGAGUUUAAUGAGAAGAUCGGCAAAUUGAUGAGCGCGAAGAGCAUGGAUCACAACACUGCCCUCACUCUCCUCUCCAAUAAUCAUUGGGAUCUGAAUCAAGCCCUCAAAUGA